GCACUGAUAGGCAGCACUGACUGGCACUGUUAGGUGGCACUGAUGGGUGGCGCUGACUGGCUUUGAUAGGUGGCACUGAAAGGCAGCUCAUAUGGGCACUGAUAUGUGGCAUUGAUAUGCACUGGUAGGCACUGAUAUGUGGCAUUGAUGUGGCACUGAUGGGCACUGGCAGGUGGCAUUGAUGAGCACUGACAGCUGGUAUUGAUGGACACUGACAGGUGGCACUGCUGGGGCUACACUGAUCAUCAGGGCACACUGAUCAUCAGUGCCCUGAUGAUCAUCGUACAUGUCCCUUCUGAAGCUGUCAGCGUGACAGCUUGUGAGGAGAGAAAUGCCGAUAACUGUCAUUUCCUUAUUUACAUGUGAUCAGCUGU